AUGAAUUCUAUCUAUGAAUUGGAUCCGAAAUGGCGUAAGUUGCUUAUGUCAAGUAACUUCCUCGGUGGAUUGACUGUCAAUGAGUUCGUGGCAGAGUUGAGUAAAGAUCAUUCGGUUAGGGGUUCUUCACUCAACCAUGACGGUACAACAUUUGAGAAAUUAGAUCCCAAGCCAUACAUUAGAACUUUCGAGUUUAUAUUAAAGGAACUGAAUACUCUGAGCGAAGAAGCAGGUAAUAAGAAACUACAAUUAGCAGAGCAAGUCUCAGCACAGGAAUUGCAACAUUCAAAAAAUGUGGUAGAGCUUCACUCCAAUUUAAACAAUAUGACUAAGAAAUAUGACAAACUGGAUGACCAGCUAACGAAUGUUACUCAAGUGGUAUCACCUUUAGGUGAAAAGAUGGAAAUCGCAAUUAGAAGGAAGAAGGCUUACAUAAAAUCGGUUGAGUUAAUUACUCAGUACAACGCAUUUUAUUCCAUUGGGAAGAGCUCAUACUUGGAAACUUUAAGAAUUUCACCUAAUUGGCAAAAGAAGACCCAGGCGGCUAUUAUGAUGAAAAAUCUGUUGGCACUUGCUUUGAAAGUAGAGACCAGCUCGAUACCAAGAACCGGAGAAGUGGCUUCGACGAUCGAAAAGUAUUCAGAAAUGAUGGAGACAGAACUUUUAGAGAGUUUCAACAAUGCUUAUCGAGACAAUAAUUUUACUAGGCUGAAUGAGAUAGCUCUGAUAUUAAAUCACUUCAAUGGUGGAGUCAACGUGAUUCAAAGUUUUAUCAAUCAACACGCAUAUUUCAUCGAUACUGAUUUGAUUGGCAAAGAUGAAUCAAACCAGGUUCUCUUGGAAGAUGAUUUCAAGGCCAGAUUGACAGACCCUGACGCUCACGGUGUCCUGUACGAGAAAGAUAUGAUCAAUCAUUUGAAUGAUAUCAUUACGGUGGUAAAGAGCGAAUCUAAAGUGGUAAAAAGAGUUUUCGAAAAAAAAGCUUCCACUGUCAUACAACUGUUUGUGCAAAGAAUAUUUGCUCAAAAGAUUGAACCAAAAACUGAUAUAUUGCUGAACAUUUCACUUUCAUUCUCCAAUCUCGCAUAUGUUAGAAUGUUACAUGCUCUAUAUUCCCUACUUGGGCAAUUUGUUGAGGACUUGACCGAGUUCUUCCAGCUAUUGGAGAUUGAUAAGAAUAAUAACCUAUCGAGCACAAUAGAACAAGCCUAUUCGGAUCUCUUCUCAAAAUACGUAUACGACAGAUCAAAAUAUUUUGAUUUGGAAAAGAAGAGCUUGGAAGCGAUCCUAUUUGAAAAAACAUCAGAGUUCAACAUCAAGCAUGACCGAGAAACUCGCUCACGAGCCUUGGCUCAUAGGCUCAAUAAUAGCCUCGAAAGCAGCUCGGAAUUGCAGGAUUUGAGUCAUACAACAAGGAGCAAGAUGAGUCAAUUAAACAAUUUCAUAAGAAGCCAUAUUGAUACCGAUAAAUUAAGUUUGAACCGCAGCAACUCCUUAAAUCGGUCAAACUCCUUCAAUAACAACGUGAAUGGUACAAACUCGGUAAAUCAAGAUCGAGAAGUGAGAAACGAGAUAGAUGAUACUUUUAGUCUCCAGGAUGCCGAUUCCAUGCUUAAAUGCGUCGUUGAAUCCAUCGCAAGGGCAAUGGAACUCGUACCCAAUAAGGCGAAUAGUUACAGUUAUGAACUGCUUGAGGUUAUGCUCAUGGGUAUCAUAAGUUCUUACAUUGAGAGUGCCCUCGAAACUGCUUAUUCGCGGGUCACGAAGUUCGACAUUGGCAAAGCUUCUGAGGUGGAGCUUUCUUGUUUGAAAUACAUCUCAGUAAGCACUGAAAUUCUAAGUCUCACGUCAGCUUCGGUGAAAGCUAUUUUCCUCCCAGUCUUGAGCAACUCACCUUCGGUGAAGAAGAAAAUCAUUGAAACUACAAACAAUCAAAUCAAGAGGUGUGAAUUGCUCAUUAACACAAUUUUGGAAGAACUCACCGAAGUUUUCUUUUCGAGCUUUAAAAAUUGUCUUGCAAAGCAAAAGAAGAAAGAUUUCUAUCCCAAAUCCCAAGAGCUAUUGGAUCACGAUACUCUUCCUGCCGUUGAAAUCAUUUCCAUAUUGAAUUCGCUAUACUCCCAGACCGUUUUAUAUUUGAAAGGUCAAAAUUUACAAUCUUUCCUCAUAAAAAUUGGCACCAGCCUUUACGAUGAAUUACUGGGCCAUUAUGGUAGAUUCCAAGUCAGUUCUGCGGGUGGAAUUAUUGUCACCAAAGACAUAAUCGGAUAUCAGACAGCGAUUGAAGAGUGGCAUAUACCUAUACUAUCUGAAAAGUUCGCAAUACUUCGAGAGAUGGCUAAUCUGUUUACUGUGCAAUCUGAUCUGUUGGACUCGCUGACAAGGGAAGGCCACCUUGCCGAAAUGAACAAAGACAUUAUCUCUGCAUACAUUUCAAAUAGAGAGGAUUACAAUCAUGAAAGGUUCAUGACUGGGGUCAAGCUCAAUCUCAAGCAAUAUACAUAA